AAUGUCCUCUUAAUGAUUAUUAAAGAGAUAUUAAAAAAUGAAAGAUGCAUGGUAUUGUUUAAAUAUCAGUGGUUUGUAUACAGAUGUCCUGUUGGCCCUUCGUUUUUUUUAACCUUUAUUUAACAAGAAAAGUCCAAUUGAGUUAAAAUAACUCUUCUCACAGGGAGUCCUGGCCAAGACAGGCAGCCAAAAAAGUUGCAAAUUAAAAACAUAAAAAAAGACAGGACAAAAAUUACAAUACACAGCAAAGCUCUAUGUAUACAAUACACAUUUAACUUAAGUAAAAACAAACAUAUCAUUUAAAUAGUACCUAGUUAAAACAAGUACACCGUUCAUUCAGAGAUGUCUUUAAGAGGUUUUAAAAGUACUAAUAGAUUGAAGUGAUUCUAAAUUUAAGGUGUUUUGAAGUUCAUUCCAGACACUUGGUGCAUAUAAUGAAAAAGCUUUUUUUCCAAGUUCUUUUUUUGUUAAUGGAAUAACUAAUAACAGUUUUUUUUGACGACCUUGUCCUAUAAACACUAUUUUGUUAAAUAAGUAAAUUUGAAAUGUAAAGGGGUAAUUUACCCAUUAGUGCUUUAAAAGUAAAAAUUAACAGAUGGAAUUUUCUUCUAAGAGAAAGAGGGAAGGCCAUUGUACAGUUUCAUACAGAGUGCAGUGGUGAGUCCUAGCUGCCUACAUCUGUAAUGAAACGAAAGGCAGAGUGAUAUAGUACAUCUGAUUUUUUUAAUAAAAAUGAUGUAGAAUGCAUAUAAAUUAAAUCACCAUAAUGAUUUAUGUUAGUUGUUUUGUACUAAUGAUAGUAGUUUUGUAUGUUGUAUAUAACUGAGUUUUUAUUUGGUCCAGAGACAAAAAAAAUUGCAAAAGAGAGGAUCCUCACUCAGUUGAAGGAUACACUGAGGAAACCACUCCACUCCACUCCAUGCAGAACCAAUCCAUUACAUAGUGAGGAGGAAGUUGAAUCCAAAACGGUGGACACAAAUGUGGAUUUGUUUAAUUACCCAGGGAAUUCUCAAUCAACCAGACAAAAAAAGGUUGGAAAGGAGAGGAUCCUCACUCAGUUGAAGGAUACACUGAGGAAACCACUCCACUCUGAUCCACGCAGAACCAAUCCGUUACAUAGUGAGGAGGAAGUUCAAGCCGAAACCGUGGACACAAAUGUGGAUUUGUUCGAUUACCCAGAGAAUUUUCAACCAACCGAUACCUUAGAUGCUGCUGAGGCAAGUGGAGAGAGCGUGGAACAGCCAUUAUUUGUCAGGGGUGAAGUGUUGAAAGCUUUGAAAGAAAUUCCCACCUUAGUGCAGUGUGUCAAGGAACUAAUAUCCUCAAUGAACAGAGGGAUCGAUACAGCAAGCACAAGCUCAGGGUCCUCCAGCUCAGCCCAAGAGAUGAUUUCUCUGGGCAACAUGGCUGUCCAAGUCAACAAAACCUGCUUUAGGAGAUUGAAUAGGAGCAGAAUGUCCCUGUUCACUCAAGAGUUAGCUGUUUUGUUGUUUGGGAGGGAGGUUCUGGGUUCAUCAAGCCUCACUGGGAAUAGGUCCCAAAAAGAAAGGCUGAACCCAGAAAAAAUGAAUGCACUUAUCGACACUGUCAUAUCUGAGUUUCCGGGCACGUCACAGUCCGAGGUUAGAGCCGUAAUACGGCGAAAGUGCAAUAACGAAAGUUUUGUUUCAAAAAAAAAAAAACACUGUAAAGGUAAUUUUUUGUUGUUGUUGGGAAAGGAAUGUGAAAGUAAAGAAGAAAUUUGUGUUUUGUUCAUAUAAGAUAUGUACAGUAAUCUGUAGUUUAAUCAUUUUAUUAAAGGGUUAGUUCACCCAAAAAUUGAAAAGUUCUUU